GUCCUGGGCUGGCUCCUGGCCAGUGGCAGGAACUGAUGGGUGGAACAAACGGGGCAUGAAAAGACUAAUAUGACUAACGGAUCCUGGAUGCGUGGUACCCUUAUUUGGAUCUACAGGAAUGUAGGCUUUAGCAGUUCUGCAGCCCUGCGAGCCUUUUGCCUGACACUGGGACUGCUGCUCACGAGGCAGAAUCCUGCUGCUUUGUGGUAGGAAGGAUAGGAAAAGAACAUGGCCUGCGUUUUGAAGAGAAAGUCCAUUGUUGCUGUGAGUUUCAUUGCAGCAUUCCUCUGCCUGAUUAUCGUUCGUCUCACAAAUGACGUUAACUUCCCUUUGAUCCUGAACUGCUUUGGACAAACCAGCGUCAAGUGGAUACCGUUUUCUAAUGGUCAGAGGCAGCCUAUGAGAACUCACUAUGGAUAUAUAAAUGUGAAAACGCAGGAGCCUCUACAACUAGACUGUGACCUGUGUGCCAUUGUUUCAAACUCAGGGCAGAUGGCUGGCCAGAAAGUGGGAGCUGAGAUAGACAAGUCCUCCUGCAUAUGGAGGAUGAACAACGCUCCCACAAAGGGCUAUGAGGAGGAUGUUGGGAAGAGGACAACCAUAAGAGUGGUCUCUCACACAAGUGUGCCCCUGUUACUCAAGAACCCCGAGUAUUUUUUCAAAGAAACCAACAACACUGCCUAUGUGAUCUGGGGGCCUUUUCGGAACAUGAGGAAAGAUGGAAAUGGCAUUGUGUACAACAUGCUGAAGAAAACUGUUGACAGCUACCCAGCUGCCAAAAUCUAUGUGACAACAGAAAAGCGCAUGGGUUACUGUGAUGCCGUGUUUAAGAAGGAGACAGGAAAAGACCGAGUCCAGUCAGGUUCAUAUCUCAGUACGGGCUGGUUUACCUUAAUUUUGGCUAUGGAUGCCUGCUAUGGAAUUCAUGUCUAUGGGAUGAUAAAUGACACCUACUGCAAGUCAGAAGGCUUUCGAAAAGUUCCCUACCAUUAUUAUGAGCCAGGAAGAGAUGAGUGUGAGGAGUACUUUCUGCAUGAAAAUGCUCCAUAUGGAGGCCACAGGUUUAUCACAGAAAAGAAAGUAUUUGCUAAAUGGGCCAAGAAGCACACAAUAAUAUUUACGCACCCCAACUGGACAGUGUCUUGAUGCUGGUUUUCUUAACUCCCCCUUAAUAGCAUAAUAUUACAAAAAUGUCUCAGUUUACAGUAAUUUUGCUUAUAUCUGACUGGACUUUCUCAGCCUAGGUAAUGCUAAACUAAAAUCUAGAAGACAAAGAGGGUGAUGGUUCAGCUGUUAAGCAAAAUUAAUCAAUCUGUGGAAGCCAGACACUUUGCUUGUUAUUUCUUAGGGUUUUACUCUACAUAAUGCACUUUAUACUGCAACUGGAUAUUAUUUCAAGACAACAUCAGUUAAAGACAGCUGCGAUUUUCAGUAUAUACAGGUGCACAUGCACACAGAGAGAACAUGGCAGUCCUUUAAAACUUGUCCAUUGCCUUAGUUAAUUAAAAUUAGUAUUUGCAGCUCUUUUGCAGUACUGAUAGUACUGCAGUACUACUUAGAUUUGCAAUAUUAGCAGAAAUUUUCCACAAAGGAAAUGUGAGGAAAUAUACAGACCUCUGAGGUCUACUUGUCUUAUCUAUGAGUGAGUAAAUUUUAAGAACCGCCUAAAUACUUUGAUACAUGUGAGCACUUGCAUACAGGGUAAAAUUACAGAUGGGCUGAACAUGGUUCCUGAACUGCACACAACUGACAGAUAUAAAAAGAUACGCUUUGGUCAAGGCUCUUGGGUAAUUCAAAACUUCUAAAAUGCAAUUUCCUUUCAGGCUGGUCAGGCUGCACCACCUUGGAUGCUGUGUUUUGUGCUUUUUGAGGCUGUUGUACCAUAGUGUGGCUGCAACAGCAUGGCACUUAGCAGCAACUGUGUUUUGCAGCCCAGGCUAAAACUUUGGUUAUUAGAACUAAACUGCUACCAGUACCCAAGUUAGUGUAAAGCUGUCUCGUGAACAUCUCUGUUCACUGCAGUCAUGCCUUUGAGCUCCUUAGACCUCCAACAUCCAAACUCUAAAACCUGCCAGUUUUGACAGUAUUCCCCUUACAGCCAUCAUAAUUUAUUUUACCUCUCCAAGUUUCUCUAUCUUUAAAAACAGGGAUAGUAUCUACCUACCUCACAAGGGAGAUGUGAGGAUUAAUUUAAGUCCAUAGAACACUUUCCUGAUGAGAAAUGCUACAGAGCAUUUAUUCUUAACACAUAAGCAAUGGUACCUGUCAUAUAUUCUUGUCUGUUGGGUAUUUGAAGAAAGUGAUGGCAUGUCUGGAUCUGAUGGCAGAUUGUUCUAUGCGUCCUCUUUCCUACUGAGGAUAAUUUGUAAUACUGAGUUCUCUCAGAUUGCGCUGCUUCGGACAGAGUUGAAUGAACUCACCACCUCACAGCAUUGUCUGCAGAUCAAGAGGCAGUUCAGGAAUUUUAAAGUAUGCUCGUCUGUAGUUGAAACACAUAGUUCCAAGCCUACUCUCAUGGAAAGUUUUCAGCUGCAGCAGACUCAUCUGUAAUAUGACCAUAAGUCAACUAAACAUGUGAGGUUUACUUAAACUGUAUUUAAAUUAGUGCUUAAGAUGCUUUAAGUUUAGAAUGUGUCCUAAGAAUAUUUUAACACCUGGAAUGUCAGAUUCAACACUGUAGUAGCCAAUACUGUGAAAACUUGAAAGAAGUGUGUGUGGAACAAGACACACAGGGUUUACUCACAUUACUUAAACAUUAACCAACAGGAAACUUUGUAUGCUUUUGUAAAUCAUGAAGAGGAGAAAGUAAAAAGCUAUUUUUACAUGUAAGUAUUUGUAUACGGACUAUUUCCUAUUGUAUAUUUGUAGAUAUAAAUCUAUAUUUUAUACGUUCAUGGCACAUAUAUUCUCUCAUCAUCAACUUCAACCCUUUAAGGAUGGAGAGGAAAUCCCUGCACCAGUGUUCUUUCUCCUGGUCACUGGUUUCUUGUUCUUGUUGGUAGGGAUGCCAGGGUAUCAUCUCUCUUGUCCACUGUUAUUUUCUAAUGCAAAUGCAUCUUCCUGAUUUUAUUUUUAAUAUAGCUAAGCUUUCACUGCUUACUCUAGUGCUGUAAGUGUUCGCGCUGGUUGUCAGACAAAGGCAAGAGCCAUGCUUAUGAUCCCGUCCAAACAUCUAUAUUUGAAUACUAUUAUCUGUCCCAGAUUUCUUGUGUGACUUGAAGCCUCACCUUCCUGUUUGGAAAAGGAGAACGGUAACAUCUUUCUACACCCUGUCUUGGCUGACCUUCUUGUAAGCUCUUGAGGCAGAUACUCUCAUUUGCAAUGUAUGUGUAUACUGCCUUGCAAAAGAGGUAUCCAAAGUCACUGAAGGCUACAGGCACUACUAUAAUAUACAAAUAGUAUUUUUUUUAAAUGGCUGCUUCUUGUCCCUGGAGUUUAAAAACAAUUAUAGGCUAAUAUAGCACAGGAUGAAAUCAAGAUGGGGGAAGGGUCAUGGAUGGAUGAAGGGCUGUAGCAGCAAGAGACAGUGAGCUAGAUUUAUUGCUAUAUUCAUAUGCAUCUCUUCAGUUCAGAUGGAUGGCUGGAUAGAUGGAAAGCUAAUAAAAGAAUUGUAAUGCAGGAUUUGAAGAAUGCCGGGCACAGAGCUAGGGAGAAUGUUCCAAACAUACUGUACAGGGCAGCCCGGGAAAAUCUAUAGCGCCCUUGUGGGAAAAGAAGCCGAAAGGGAGAACAUCAGUUGAGUUGACUUGUACUUAGAAGGUCUUUGGGGUAACAGAAAGUUACUAUGAAAGUGUUACACACGAAAGUGCAGUUGGGCUGGACAAACUUAUGUGAAGAGUAUCUUCAUGAUGCAUAGUCCUUUUCCCCAGUAAGCAUAUCAUAAGGAUUUUGCAUGAGUUGUGUUCACAUGCAAGGCAGUUUUUAAGCCUGAGAAAAUUUUUACAAUAAUUAAGACUUGCCAAACAAUCAUAAAUCUAUUGUAAAAUGUGCUUCAUUCUUAAAAAUAAAUGUGUAUAAAUACAAAUCUCUAAAAACAUAAUACAGCCUUCUAAAAGAUAAAUGAGGGAGAACAUACUUAAAACUCCCCCAAAGUCAGAUUAGAUUUUACAAGGCAUGGGCCUAAAUUUGUAAUGAUAUAGUCCACAUUCUGUUGUAAGAGGCUACUGUUUUGAGUAGAGCUACUGUAAGAGGCUACCAGUUUUGACUUGGGGGUCUGUCUAGUAUUACCGUAGAAGAAUAUAUUUCCUUACUGGCUCUAUAUGUGUAUGCUCUUUUUUACUAAAUACUAAAGCCCUUGCUUACUAAAUAAUUGAACCCUGCACUUCCAUGCACUAGUUCUUCCCUGUUCACGUAUGGGUGUGCCUUUACAUCCCAUUGAAGUUAGGCAAGUGCUUUUGUGCUCUACAGGGUCUAAACAUUAUGGAAGACUAGAAGUUCAAUUACACUGGCCAAUUAGUGUGUGCUGCAGCAUGGACUGGGUUUGGUUCGCCAGUCAGAUGGACUUUAGGUCAAAUUGCAGUUCCUGUGCAGACUGCAUGCCCUAAUUUCCUUUAUGUGAAAUGUGGCUCAUGAGAUGAGCUUGCGUACACUUCUGUCUUGCUCCAUAAUGGAAUCAGAAAGCAGCUGGGAGCUGGGAUGAGCAUCCAGCCCUAGGCACUAGGAAACACUCCCAGUUACCAUGCAUUAAAGUAGCCUCUGUCUACUAAGCAGUUUUCCCUAAGAAUUCCUUCCCCCACCCUGUAAUUAUUUAAAAAUUAACCAGAAAGUAUUGUCUUUUUCUAAUGCAGAAAUGAGCAGAAGCUCCUGCGUCUGGAAUGCUUGCAUGCUGUACAGGACAAUAUCCCAGCAAUGGCUAGCUAAGAAAAAUACAGCUCUUAGAGCAGCUAAAUGUACAGCAGAAUUGAGACCAUCAUUAGAGUUCAGUUGUCACAGAGCAAACAUAGAAGUGUUGCUUCUUGCUUUUAGAGGGGCUUGGAUUUGCAGCGAGAGCAGAUCCACAUUUAGAAACAUUGCAGCAGGCUUCAUUCACACCAGAGUAAAUGAACACCAGUUCCCUUAUUUAAAUGAGCCUGUCUUUAGCAUAAACUAAACACAUAUUUGUAUGAUUUUUAUUAUAUGAGUAAGGAACUGUGACCGCUGUGUUAGAUAUGAUUCUAUAUAGAAAUGACUUUGAUGGGAUCUGUUAAAAAUCAGCACUGCAGUACUGAAGAAUUUCAGUGUGUGACUAUGGGGUAAGAGACCUUGAUGAUUCACCUUCUGAGAGCAGUUAAGACAUCAGCUGAGAAUCAUUUAUUAAUUCUUUAAAAGAAAGCCUACUACAGUUUACCUGAAUGUAAUCAGAUCCUAAUUGCUUAUUCAUUCAUGCAGUCCUAUUUUAAUCAACCACUCGUGUAUAAAACAAGCAGGGAGUUUACCUGAGGAUUUAAAAAUAAGUCUUCACGUUGCUGCUAAUAGAGGAAUACUCACAAAUGAUUUGGCAUUCUUUUGCUAUGAGUCAGCUAAGUAGUCACCAAAUGUUUUCUUUCAUAACUUAGUUGUUUCAAAUAUAUUUCCUUUCCAAAAAAAAUUUGUAUUGUUUGGCAGGUCAUAGCCUUAGUUUUAGCAAAAGUUUAAAAUUUAAUAUGCAUUAUGUUACAUUUACUUCUGAUUGUUUUCCAAAAAUAUUUUUAAAAUAGUAGAAACUGUCCUAGAAAAAAAAUUGACUUUUUGAUUAGCUAAUUACUAAUUCACAGCUAAUUACUCAGUAACAUAAAAAAACUGAGAUGACUCUGACCUUCCCACUGCCCCUACUGGCUGCCUACCUUGCACUUCCCUACUUGAACCAAGGCCUCUAACAGAAAGAAAAAAGAUUCUGCGCAUCCAGUGAAAUUCCCAUCCCAUCUGGGCUGGGAGGCUCCAUCUGCAGACUGAGCAUAUCGGUUACAUCAGUAAAUGGGAAGGAUUGAGCAAGAGUUCUUCUGAGGAGCAGGUGGUGUUGCAACUUCUUAAAAAAUGCUCCUAAAAUGUGUUAGGAAGGUGUACACAUUGAUUUAUCCUCAAAAUACUUUUCCAAAAUACUCUGUUUCUUUGAAUGCUGUUAGUUCCUAUGUAGAACUAUUGCUCUGCUCUUUCCAGUGGGAAUUACCACCAAUGGGAAAAAAUGACCUUGACAGGAAAAGGCAGAGGCAAAUUCCGUGUUGUCAAAGAUUUCUGUAUAGCUAAUGCCAGGGAUGAAGUCAGCCUGAUGCUGCCUGAAUUACCUGUUGAAUGAUUGCUGGUUUGGGAAUCUCUGGGGACUCAAUUCAAAUUUUAUGGAAAUGGCUUUGGCAAGUUCAGAUCAUGAGCACAGCACCUGACCUGGUAAUAUCUUUGCACUCCUAGUACUAAGGUAAGCAGUGUUUUGUCUGAGAAGCACCAUGUGCACAUAAGCAUUGUAUAGUUAAUAAUAAUGUUAAAGGGGAGCUCAUCCAGCUCUUGGAGGGCUGACACAGCCAGUGCUCAGUCACCUGCUAGAGGGAUGGACAGUAGGCAGCAGAGCACAGAUGCUCUUAACCAGAUGACAUGUCUAGGUAAGUCAAAUAAAUAAGUAAUCACUCAUGAAUUACAAUUGGCUGGUGCCCUUAGCAAGUAGAAAAUCAGAAGCACUUUACAUAUUGAUGCUUGUAUUUCAAUGACUUUUUUUUUUUUUCCCUCCUGCCUGUAUCUCAGAAAUAGCAUAUGCCUUUAAUGGUGCUAAAACAAGUCUGGGGCUUGCUGAUGUUGAACCUUAGGGUAACCACAAGAAUGAAACUCAGUGUCAGUGCCAGAGGAUCACACAGGAGCUGUCUCUGGGCAUUGCUAUGUAAAGUGUACAACUGUCAUGUAUUUACUAAAAAAAGGUCUGUUUUUUCCUGACUAGGCAUAGUUAGUUCUUUUGAGCAGAAAGUGUUUCAUUUUCAGCAGAUGUGUCUCAUUCUGUUCCUUCUUUCCUGGGAGGAUGCAGAGAAAUGUGACUUAACAAUGGGGGAGUGAAGAAUGAUAUGAUGAAUAAAUAGCCAUCCACCAGAUUCAUUUAUUUUCCUGGCUAUUGCAGUGAUGUGUAGCUAAUGACACAGAAAAAAGCAAGUUUUCUGUAAACUUUUACUGCGUAACCCACAGAACUCUUAUGUCCUGGAUUGGAGCCUCCCAGGCAAACCCUCCAGAAAGGUCCUGAAGGUGAAAGCUGUUUCAGGCUGUUCCCCCUGAAAGACCAGGAUUUGCAGGAAGCCGUAACAAUUUGCAUGGCACCCCUGGGCCUGCGCCCCAGCUUUUGUAGGCUGCCCACCCAGCCUCAGCUCUGGGCCCCCACCAGCCCCACUGAAUGAGGCACGUUUUCCCUCUGACUUAUGCAGUCUGUGAGCUGCACGAAGUUCAUCCUGUCCUCCCCUUCAGUGGGACUUGAGGAGCGGCGAUGCUAAACCAGGGGGUGUGGAGUAAUGGUAGAGUAGGGAUACUCUCCCCAAGUCAGCAGUAUGACCUCACUUGGGGCACAGUCUCACUCAGGUGCUGAACUCCGAUUCUUUGAAUGAGGUGGGAAGGAUGUCACUGGGUUUUGUUAUUGUUUGUAAGAUUAACUCAAAAAGAGUCACCAUUUUAUGGGUGUCUUAAAAGAGCUGGGUUUGCAUCUUUUUUGUGUUCCUUGUUAUUUCUGUGAAUUCCUGCAGAUAUGCAUCUGUCAGCAUCAGCCACUGCUGUUCUGAUUUACUGGCCAUAAAGAGAUUGUAAACUUGAACAAAUGCAUGUUCUUACCAUGUAUUAUGCAUGAUAGCAUGUUAUGUAUUUUAUCCUCACACUGUAAUAAAAAAUGUAAGUUGUGUGUAGACUUAGUUUAAGCAGAGGAAGUAGUGGUCUGUCUUUCUCUCUCAUACCCUAUAUUGUUAAGAGUGCUUUGCUGAACCUCUGUGAGUGCCAUUAGCAGUCAGCAGGAUAUAAACUCCUGAAACCAGUCAGGAAAAUAUUUACUAAACUUAACAUUUUUCACUUGAAUAUCAGAAACAGUUCAACUUGCAUUUGUGAACCUACUCCAGGGCUCCCAGUUACAUUUCUGUGUUCUGUUCUAAGGGAAACUCACAUUUGGUUGUAACCUUGGGAAUGACUUUCUUGACAUAGAUAGUGUCAAGAUAUUGGCAGGACAGCACUCUCAAAUUUUUAACAUCUAUGGGAGUUUCUUCUUUUUAAAUGGAAUUCCACAUGUACCAGAGUAGCUAAGAUGCCUGUAAUUUCUUUCACGAUGUUGCUGCUGGAAAUAGUAUUUCUGAAGAUGGCUGGAGAAAAAAUUUUGUGUACUCACUGCUCUUUUGGCUGCUCCUCUAUCCCCUCCUCACACACAGGCAAACACACACAUUUGCAGACAGGAAAAGUCUCCACAGGGAAAGUAGGCACUCUUUUUAAAGAUGGUGGCAAGCUGGAACAAAGAACAUUAAUCUCUUUUUACAUGGUAAAUAUAAAACUUAGGUAGUACUUGUUGAUUCAUGUAUGUUCUGUAUAUUUUCAAAGCCUAUGUCUACAUUAGUGACAAAUAAGCACAAUUGGAUCAGAUCUGUAGCCUGAAACUGUUGGUGCUAAGAAUUUGAUAUCCACACCAUACCCAGUCUCUAGUUUGGUCCCAUGGGUUGAAUGCCAUUACCUAGUGACUGGAGCAUGUUAGUUUCAUCCAAAAAGAAUCCAGUUCACAUGCUCAAGGGCACUCCACGCUGCAAACCAAAGUUUGGUAAGUGGGGGUGUUUGGGAGAGUCACCCAAAAAGCUCACUUCUUAGCUAAACUCUUGUGUAAAUGCACCCAAAGUGAACUACUAUAAUAUGCUAUCCCAUGGGAAAGUAUAAUUCCCAUUAGCCCAGCUUUGGCUAGAGAGAAGUCCAUUGCUGUUUUUUCCUCAAUAGCCUUUGUCUGGGUUCCUUCUUUUUGUAGCUAUUUUCUCCAAAUCUGAGAUCUGAUCCCCCUAGUCAGAUCAUAUGAAUUGAGAACUCCUGACUCCUCCUAAGGUUAGCAUCCAAAUGUGCUCCGUAAGUCAGGAAUGUGGUAUAGGACAGUGUAAUCCAGCAAGGGUACAGUAUGGAAAGUGCCUAGUUUGAUGUACAGGCUUGUGAUUAGGCUUGUGGAUGUGGUUGUAUCAUGAACAUGCUAGAUGCUUGCUAAUGCAUGCAUUGUUUUCAUAUGCUCCAUCACACAUAAUAACUCCCUCCAUCAUUUUUCCAGUAUAUUUUUGUUCUUGUGGCCUUCCAAUCGUAUCUGUAUGUGUGUGCGUAUGUGCACGUAUAUA